AAAUAAUUAAUCAAAUAUCAAGUCGUUUUGAAUCAUGGCUCUGCAAUUAUUUUCAGACCUCGAACAGGACAUCAAAGGAAAGAUUGUCACCGCAUCUGAUGAAUUUGCCUACGAAAACGAGGUCAACAAAUCUUGGAAUGCUGUUAACAGGAAUAGACGCCCGUUGGCCUUUGUCAAAGUCAAAGGAAAAGAAGAUGUGAAAAAGACAGUAAAAUUUUGCGCAAAACACGAGCUUGAAGCCUGUGUAUAUAAUGGAGGAACAAGUGUUUUCUGCAUGAAAGAUGAAGCUGUUGUAAUAGAUUUGUCAACAAUGUGCAAUGUCCAAGUGGAUGCAGAAAAUAAGACUGCAAUUAUUGAAGGAGGUGCAAAAGUGGCUGAUGUAAAUGAAGCAUUAGGCAGGCAUGACUUU